UCUUUUUUUUUUUUUUUCUUCUUCUUCUUCUUCUUUUUCGUUCUUCUUUGUCUUUUCAUCAUGGUCAAAGCACAACCCGUCGUGGCUGCGAAGGGCAUUCGCGUGCUGCUCUCCCGCAUUGGAGCGCUCGCGGGCCCUGGCGCCAAGACGGCGUCGCAGUCGACGACCACGCGAACCUACGCGACAACAACGACAACCACCAGGGCCGCCCUGCAAAUCCCGCCGACCUUCGACGCGACGACCAAGACCACGGGCGCGGGUGCUGCUGUGCUGCCGUACGCCAACAUCCCCGUGUCGCCGGCGUACGCAGCGACGCGCUCGGGCAACAACAGCGUCUCCAUCCAGGCGGCGCACGGCCCGUCCCCGCUCGUCCACCCCGCCGUGAUUGAGCUCGGCAGCCAUCACCAUGCGCGGCUCUUCCACUCGUCUGCGUCCCAGGCAUCCCGCUCAGCGGCCUACCGACGCCUCCACGGCGAGCACUCUGAGCCGGUCGCCGUCGCCAUGCCCAUCAAUGGCGCGUUCCAGUUUGGCGAGAUGGUCCGCCGCGCGUUCGGCAACUCCGCCGGCUCGCUGGCAGCCACCCUCGGCGCUGUCGGCCUUGCUGUUUGUCUAGCGUUCAAGGACGUGUUUGCGCACGAUCGCGAAUCGGCGGACACCGCCGACGCUCCUGCUCCCUCUCCCCACGUUGUCAACAAGCCCCUGGACCCCGCCGCUAACGUGCGCUUCCUGGAGGCCCACAACGACGCCCUUGUCGACCACAACGUCAAGCUCAUGAGCACCCAGGCCGACAUGGCUGCCAAGCUUGAGUCAUCUGAGUCUGCCAUCGCUCGUCUUCACGAAGAGAUGGAGGCAGUUCGAAACCAGCUCGCUUUAGAGCAACAGCGCUUUGCGCUUGAGACGCAACGACAACAACACGAGUUUGAAGUGGCGAUGCAACAACAUCAACACCAAGUCAGGCGUUUAGAAGACCAGCAAGUCAUGCUGGAAGGUGAAAUCAUGUGUAUCGCGUGCAACGAUCAGCCAAGGAACGUCACCUACGGCUCGUGUCGGCAUCAUGUGGUUUGCACCGACUGUGACACUAAAAUUCUGCGAAACGGCAAUGCGUGCCCGGUAUGCCGCGCCGCGAUCACUCAGCGUGUUCAGCAUUUUGUUACGUGAUUGCACUCUCACGCAAAGAGGCGCUUUGGCAUUGUCGAAUAAAACCAUUUCCCAAAGCGAA